GGACUGAGAUUGUUGGUUUCCAUUGAGGAAGAAACUUUCAAUUUACAGUCUUAAAUUGACCGUGAGUGCAGUGCAACGUGCUGACAACAUCCGCAGGAGUUGUUCGAAAGCUCUCAAACAUCUUAAAAAAUCUCCCAGUGCGAAUCUCGUGAAAACCCCAAGUUGGCCAUAGUUUUUGCGCAGUUUGUUUACCAAAUCCAUCCAGUGUUUUUAUAACACUUUCUUAGUCAUUUGUUAGGCAUUCGGAGUGUGGUUUUUGACAUUUUUCCUCAUUGCAGAAGUGUGUAGAAAAAAAAAUGCCGUUCAAGUGAAAGAGUGAGAAGGAAUUUCACACUGAGAACGAACACAAAAUCCUGAAAAUUGCCAAGAGGGCUCGUGAGGGUGCCAUCAGGAAGCGACGCGAGGGGCCAUCAGGCGAGAAAGGGUCCAUCACAUCCAGGGGUGGGAGGACAGAGUCACGUGUGCCAGUCGAUUUCAAGAGCCGCCCAUCCACUCUCGGUGCCCAGUAAAAAGAGGCCAUCAAAAUGCCAUCUAGAGAAUUGAGCGAUCCACCAAAUGGAGUCGCAAGUCGUGACGAGCAUUCAGAGACAGGCCUGUCGCCCCACGAGAACCUCCGCAUUAUCAAGAAUGUGAUAAUUCUGGGCUUCGCCUUUAUGGUGCACUUUACAGCCUUUCACGGCACCUCCAAUCUGCAGAGCUCCGUCAACUCGGACGCCUCCCUGGGCACCUUCACCCUGGCCGCCAUCUACGGCUCCCUCAUCCUCUCCAACAUCUUCCUGCCCGCGGCGGUCAUUAGAUGGCUCGGCUGCAAAUGGACCAUCGCGCUCUCCUUCGUGGCCUACAUGCCCUUCAUCGCUGCCCAGUUCUAUCCGCGGGCCUACACUCUCCUGCCCGCCGGCCUGGCCGUGGGCUUCGGCGGUGGUCUGCUGUGGUGUGCCAAGUGCACCUAUCUCACCGUCGUGGCGGAGUCCUUCACACGCUUCGGCGGUCGCAAUGACAAGAAGAGCGACGUGGCCGUGGUGCGCUUCUUCGGGCUGUUCUUCGUCUUCUACCAAAUGGCACAAGUGUGGGGCAACCUGAUUUCGUCCUCAGUUCUCACCCACUUGACUGGUUCGUCUGGCCACUCUAGUCCGGCUAAUUCGUCUCACCUGCGGGAUGUGGCGGCAAUUUGCGGCAGCAACUACUGCCCAAGCACAGUGAGCGCCAUGGAGAACGCGAAUCUGCGUCCGCCUGAGCCUUGGCAUAUCCACAUCCUCUCCGGCAUCUUUCUGGCUUGCAUGCUCACGGCCUGUCUGGCGGUGGCGUUUGGAGUGGAUCCCCUGACAAGAUACGAGAAAAAGCGUCGCGGUGCCGGACUUUCGGGCUUAAAGCUCUUGGCUGUGACGCUGAGACAACUCAAGGAGAGAUAUCAGUUGCUCUUGCUGCCCAUCACGGCCUUCAUUGGUGCCGAACAGGCUUUCAUCGCGGUGGACUUCACGGCAUCCUUCGUGGCCUGUGGCUGGGGAAUCUCCAAUAUUGGAUACGCGAUGAUCUUCUUCGGCGUGGCCAAUGCCGUCGGCUCCGCUCUGGCUGGCGCCCUCACCAAGAUCACCGGUCGCCUUCCGGUGCUGCUCGGGAAUCUCGUGCUGCACUCCAGCCUCAUCUUCUGGAUGCAAUUCUGGCGCCCCGAAGCCUCAUCAGGCCUCGUGUACUGCCUCAUGGCGGCCGUUUGGGGCCUCGCGGAUGGCGUGUGGCUGGUGCAAGUCAACGCCCUUAGCGGAAUUCUGUUUCCCGGCAAGGAAGAAGCCGCCUUCAGCAAUUUCCGUCUCUGGGAAGCCACGGGAUCAGUUGUGACAUACUCUUUGAGUCCCUAUCUUUGCUCCAGGACGAAACUUUACAUGCUACUUGUGCUAAUGUUUGUCGGCAUGACGGGCUUCGGGACAAUCGAAGUGAUGGAGAGGAGACAGAAGAAAAAUCCACCCAAUGAGAAAUCCUUCGAACUGGUCGCUGGGAGUGAAUAAAAUGGCAAAAAUACUCAUGGAAAAAGAAUAAAAAAAAAGAAGCUUGACCCCGACGUGAUUUGAACACGCAACCUUCUGAUCUGGAGUCAGACGCGCUACCGUUGCG